CCACAGCCCACUUCCUGUCGUCCAGGCUGGCCUUCCAUGACAUCGAGCCUGUCGUCGGAACACCAUACAGGUUAAAAUUAUGCUCUAAAGACCUUUACAUUCGGCUUCUCUUUGACCAGUUUUCUGUCUUGUGAGGUGCUGAUAGUCGCUCGCAUUGCGAAAUUCUCGCUCUUUAAGUUGGAAACCAUGAAGACCCCCCCUCUCACGAUUUGGUUGCGGCGAUCAUAACCUAGUUUGAUGUGGGUUUCGAAGUCUUUCCUACUAUAACUUUUGGUCACCUAUUCGACAAUAUGAGUUUCCUCAACUCCAUCCUUUCCUCCAUCGAUACAGGAAGGCCAUCCGUGGCACCAGUUCCAGAAACUCGACCGGCUGCUCCUGUGACAUCCAUCACAUCUAAACCAACUCAGAAUAUAGAUUCGAGGAAACCUACGCCGCCGUCAACAGCUCCUAUUCGCCCUAAUAAUAUAUCGGCGGGUACGAAACGUAAAGCUGAAGCAACUUUACGACGACCCGACAAACCACCGCCAUCUUCGACCAAUGCAAUAGCCUCAAGACCUCGCCCGAAGAUUCCUGCCAGCGAUGCCCGCCCUACUACUGCUAAACCUGCCGCACCUGCGCCACCAUCGAAGCCUCCACCAAAGGGCUCCUUUGCGGAUUUAAUGGCAAAGGCGAAAGCAGUGCAGAAAGAAGCGCCGAAGGUCGGCGUUUUGAAACACCAGGCAGCUCUGCCUAAAGAAAAGCUUAGCAAGUCAGAGAAGAAAAAACGCAUAGAGGAGGCUAUGGCUAAGGAGAAAGAGGCAAGACGAUCAGGAAAAAAGUCUAUUUCGGGCUCUACGUCAACAAAGCUCGGUGUUAAAUCCAGUUCCGACAAGUCUGGCGCUGAGACUUCUACAAAGCGACGAGAAGUUGAUGAGAAUACAUACAAAGGGACUUCCCGCCCGACCCAACCUGCCUACAAAGGCACAGCUGGCUUGGCGCCACGGCAUAGAGAAGGCGGCCGUGACCGUCACCGAGCUCCUCGACGUGAUGAAUAUAUGGGGACUGACGAGGAAGAUGAAGGCGAUUACUAUAAUGACUACGACGGUUAUUACUCCGACGAAUCAUCUGAUAUGGAAGCCGGACUGGAGGAUAUGGAGAGAGAGGAAUUCGUAGCGUUGCGAACUGCAGAAAAGGAAGACGCAGAAGACAUGCGACAGGAGACAGAAGCGAAGAAAGCGAAACUUGAGAGGAAGCAGAAAUUGGCUGCUUUGGCGAGAUCACGACGAUAG